ACGAUAUGAAUGUGUGGAAAAAAGAAGAAAACCUCCUGCGUUUCUACUCUUGAGCACGAAAUUUCACUCGAAAGAAAAAUCACGGAGUGCGAAAGACAAAAAUAUGUUUGCAAAAAUAUCAUGAAAUAUAUCACAUUUUGUGGUAAAUAUAUCGUCGAUUGAAAGUACACAAUCAAAGCAGGCGGCAACAGUUACUAGGGAAUUUGUGGAAAACUCCAGACAUCGGCUAACUUUAGAAAGUUUUUCAUCGUCAGACGAUAACAUUUGGUUCUGUCGUACGGGAGCAAUAUUGAGGCAGAUGUCUGCUGCUUUUGCUAUGCAAAUAGUAUCUGCGAGGAACCACUGGCGUGCGUGAGUGACUGACGUGUGCUAUUACGGCAACAGCUGCUGCUCGCUGGAGGAUACGAAUGGGACAUUUCUGGAGCGGCAAAUAUGAGCCACCGGAACAACGAUAACAACAGUCCGUGGAAUAAUCGUAAUUCACGCAAUAACAAUGACAGCGGCAUUGGUGUAGGAGGUGAGGGUUCGGGUUACAAGGGCUGGUCUGGCAACAGUCGAUAUAAUGCGGACAACCGAUACAAUAAGGAUCGUAGGAAUUACCGCGGUGGAUACGGCGGACGUAACGAUCGACGCGGCUACGAUGAUAGACGUGGAGGCAAGCCGUACCGUAGCGGUCCGUGGUCAGGAGGUAACAAUGGACCGAUCGGACCGGAUGGAAAUUAUUCGUCACAUGCCAGAUACCACUAUAAUCGACAUCAGAAGAAUUCGGACAAGACUAUCAGCAAAUAUGGUCCCGCCAAUGACAAUGCACAAGCAAAUCCGCGACCGAUAUUGCAGGACAAUGUACAGCAGAUUGCACCGUCGACGGUAAAUUUCACUGAACCAGCAAAUGAAGAUUUAGCCGGUCCCGCGACUGUUGCCACUAAUGGUGGACGGGAACGCAAGCCAGAGGUCGUUAAAUCUACCGAUACCGUCGAUAGCGCGAAAACGUGGGCAGCCGGAGAUUAUGCUAGCCCUGGGGAAGAAUUUCAGGGAUUCCCCGAUACUGAAUCAUCAAAAACAGCGAAUGGCGACGCGGUGGAUACACGACAGGAAGAUGAUAAGGCUGAUAUAACGCCCCAAGAGAACGAGUUGAUCAAACUGAUUGAGGAUGAAGCCUUCAAGAUGAUGACUGAUGCCGAUCAGCCGUCUUGUUCGACAUCAUCGCAGAACAACAACUCGGAGAACAGCGUGACCGCGACGAAUGUCGCCGAGCCGAACCAGAAUCCGGAACGUCGUAUGACGAUUGAACGAAGUGCCGAGCAAGUUACCCGUAAGCUUAUCAAUCAAUUGACCACCAUGAACAAAUACAGUUUGAAGCAGAUGAUCAACAAUCCGGACAGCAAAUAUGAAACGGCCCUCAAGACUCAUGCCCGUCAAAAGCUUCGAGCGGAGGUACGUCGACAGUUGAGGAACUUUAGCCUAAGCGAAAGCACAGCGCAAGUGAAAACAAACUGCGGUAUGUUGGAGCCAGAUGAAUGUGUUGACUCCGAUAAGAUCCCGGAUGCGUUACUCGAGCAGAUUGGCAAAGUGCUUGAUUUGAAUCUGUUGGAUCUGAAUGUGCCAGAAGAGCAAGCACCAGCGAACCACAUAGAUGAUGAAGAUGAGUGUGUAAUCAAUCAGCCGGACACAGAUUAUUCUGCUACAGAAGUGUUGGACAAAAAUCUCCGAUUGACUGACGAUGACGACGUUCAGCUGCACUUGGAUGCAGAGGACAUUUUUGCCCGUGCCGAACUGCUUCUGAUGAAGGGCAGCGAAUCAGUUCGGAAGGGAAAUUCUUCUGGGCCGAGUUCACCUACGGAGGAGAUGUUCCCAAACGAUCAGAUUGAUUCCAUUGUGAGUGAGGAAAAUGGGUUCGAUAAAGGGCUUGAGCUGACGGGAUCCGACAGUCCCAAGGAGGCGGAUUUGCUCGCAGAAUCAUUGGCGACCCCAGCAUUUCCCUGCUUUUUGAGAGUCAGUACAGUGGAGGAAUUGAACAAAAAGGUAGAUGAUUUAUCAUCUAUAACAGUGGAUAAUAAUCAGGAUGAAUGUAUUGAUAACAAUACAAAGGAAUCGAUAGAACCCCCAUCGAUAGAAAUUGAAGACACGUGUGCUUCUAAUUCAGGAAAUUUGUCUUCUGUUCUUGAUGUUCCUAAUAUAACAAUUGAUUUCCCAGAACAAACUGGCGUUUUGAACGAGAAAGUAGCGGAAAAUGUUGAUGAGACAGUACAGAAACAGCCUGCAAGCGAAUGUUCCGAGAAGUCCGUUGCCCAAACCGAAACAAUUGUAGGUAAUCCAUCUUGUGGUCUGACGGUGACGGAUACAGAAAUGACGCCCGCUGAAAGUAAAAUCCAGGAAGAAAUCGCUACGAAAAAGCCAGAACCGCCAACUGGAACGAUAAGAGCACCAACCCACCCCGAGCUGGCUGCCCGCAAAUCGAAAGGCUCCAAAGCAUACAAACCUAAUCUUGUCAUGCAUGAGCACAACAAGCGAGACGCCAAGUCCAUCUCGUCUUCGCCGUCGCGUUCGUCAUCCCAAUCGAACAUUGGUUCGCUGACAACAGCAAAAUCUCACAAACCCGGAUCGAAUCUUCCUGCGCUGAAGCAGACUACGACUUGUCCAGCCAAGCAUCACAACACAAAUAACAGCAACAGUAGUAGCAAUAAUAGUAAUAACGUUAAUAUCGUUAAUAAUAGCAAUAAUCAUAGCCGAGAAAAAAGUCAGCGGAAAAGAGAUUUUAAUGUUAAGGAACCCAGUAUCGGCAGUAGCAGCAAUGUCAACAGCGUAAAUGUAAACGCUGUGCAAACAAAUUCCAACAGUAGAACCAGUGAUAGCCCCAGCAGAGCUGGCAAUAAGGGCUCGUCUCUUCCGAGAGAAAUUGUGCAGCCAUCGCCAUCAAAAGAAACAUCCCCACCGGGAGUCCCAGCCACGAAAACUCAUCCGGCUCGAGCGCAAACUCCUGGUCCGAAGCAUGUUCCGGAGCUCCGAUUGUCAUCGUCUUCCUUCGGGAAAAAGAAAAAGAAAAAGAAACGUAACAGAAGGAAAGAUCAUUCACCCGACGGAGGUAUGAUGCUGGAAUGCGAUCUGCGGAUAUCGCGGCCUGCUGUUACACCUACCCCGCCUCCAGUGCAACCACGUGACGUCAAUCCUAACAAUGGCAAAAGAACUAAUGAAUUUGAGCGAGAACCAAAACCAACCAGAGAGACACGAGCAAAGUCAGUGGAUCCAAAACUUUGCUAUGACGCGAAGCGUGACAGAGAAAAAGACCGAAGUAGGGAUAAGUCGAGAGUACGGGAGAUAGAUGACAAGAAGGAUACUGAGAGGGAGUCAAAGAAGGAGAAAAAUAAAGAUGAUAAAAAGGAGGCCGAUAAAGAGAAGGAAAUCAAAAAGGAAAAAGAGAAUGAUAAAACAAAGGAGAGGGAAGAGAGGAAAGAAAAGGAAACGUCUGCAAAUGCCGAAACCACCACCAAAAAUGGAAAUCACCAAGCAGAACUAUGUCUUCCGAAGACGGAUCGGGAGAGGAAGAAAUCUCCAGCACCAAAAGUUAUGUCCAGAGCCGCCAUGGAUUCACCGAAGCAUUCUAGGGACGGUAAAGAACCUCCCAAAGAACCACUCCCGUCGGAUGUCGUGCAAGAACACGAAACUGUACAGGUUAAAGAGGUUCCGAGAGAAACUUCGAAGGAAAAUGAACCAGUAGUGGUUUCGGAAGACACGGAGACAUCUAACGUGUUGAAGGAGGAAGAGAAUCGUGACACCUUAAGUGAGGAACAAACGCUAAUGGUUCCAAAAAAUGAAGAAAUAAGAGAGGUUUCAAGGGAAAGGGAAACCAGAGGAUACACUAAAGAUAAAUGUACAAAGGAUGAUGUGAAUAAAAAAGGAUCUAAAGAACCGCCUGGAGAAAAAGAAAUGCAGAAUGGUUCUAAGGAACGAGAAGCUAAAGUCAUAGCGAAAGACAAAGAAGUUAAAGAGAAGGAGCCAACAGAAAGCGCCCCGGAAAUAGAAGUCGAACGGACACAAAAGAAGAAAAAAAGUUUAUUACGUGGUCCGAAUUUGAUCAAAGGUCGUAAGGAGGUUGUGAGUCAAGAAGCAGCCGCCUCAGAGGAACCACCAGCACAGAGAAGUCGUAAAGAAACAGUGCCACAAGAGAUACAAACCGGGAUCACGAAACUGCGACAGGAAACUGUUCCAGCAGAACCACCGAUUUGCACCGUCCAAUCUCUACCACAACGCAGAGAGGUGGCAGUGGCAGUUACGUCACAAUCAGCGAUUUCGGAUCAUUCAACAUUCAACCUGAAUACUGCGUCAUGCCUUGUCAGUAGAACUGCGUCACCUCGACCAUGGAAAUCUCCCGGAGAAAAGAAAUUGCUCCCUGCUGUUCCGUUGUUGCCGGCGCCAGCACAAACAGUGCCCCCGCUGUCACCUAAUUCCGAGGGACAAUGUACCCCAACGCACCCUUCUCCGGUGACAUCUCCUGAGCCCCAAUAUGUGCGACCGGCAACUUCCGCUAUGAUAUCCUCCCAGCCGGAUGUGCUUCAGAGAAUCACUCUCCCGUCAACGUUAGCCCCGCUAGCUGCACCCCAAGCAAGUGCGUUUGCACCCGUUAUGGCUCUCUUGAACCAGAUGCAAGAUAUCGAUAAUAAAAUGAGUGAUCUCCAGCGUCGCAAGAUGCAAAUUGACAGCGAGAUGAUGAAGCUCAAUUCGGAGAAAUUUCAGAUAGAUCAAAGUUCCAUGCAAUUACAGAGCGAUCGCUUUAUGGUUCUCAAUGCUCUACGGGCGGCGCUCGUAGAUUGUGAACUGAGCACUAUAGCCGCUGUCCAGAGUAUGCCUCGCAUGGCACCGUCCAAUUCCAUGAUGGCUACCCGCCGACGACCGCUGGAACCACAACCGGAGAUAGUCCCAAAAAGUAAGCGACGGAAAGAGGCGGAACCAAUCUUGAAAUCUCCCCCACCGGUGCAGAAAAUCAAUGCAGCAUCAGCAUCAGCGCAUGAGCUUUCCGAACCAGAAGAACCAGCCACUCCAAGUAGCACCGCAGGAACUGGGGGCGAGAGAACAAUCACACGAAUCACCAAAAUCAGCGAUAAUACACAAAUACUGAAAUUAUUCCAACGACGAAGGCUGAUAUCGGACAAAUCCGCCGAGGAGAGCCAAUCUGAGGACAGCGCCGGGCCCGUUGUAGGCAAACCCACGACAACCAAACGACGGAGAACUCGCACAACCACAGCGGAGCAGAAUGAUGCUCCCUUGCCCACCGUAGGUGGCAGGUUACGCAGUAACUCAAAUCGAUCUGUUGAAGCGAGAAAGUCAGUAGAAUCAACAUCACAGUCCGCUUCGUUAGAUCAAACGGCGUCAUCAGCAAGCAUUCCGACGACGGUGUCAUCUCCGAACUUCCCGACUACAUUGCCCGGCAGGGUGAUGAAGAAGGACGAAGAAGUCCCACUUGUGGGUCAUCGUAAUUUACUGACGCGCGAAGUGAAAAUCGUUCUCAGCAAACUCAAUGUUGCCGACCGCAGCAACACAUGAUUAUUGGCCAUUUAUGCAUCUAAAAAGAUCAAGUCGGAAUUUACCCCACAACUGUACAGGCAUCUAGACAGAUCGAUUUGACAAGAAUAAUUAGUCAAAGUUUUGUAAAUUGGUUCGAUGGAAAUUUUGGAAAAAGUACGUAAGCAUAAUGUUCAGCUCGCAUCUUCCGACUAUGAGCUUAGGAGGAAAAUUCAUUCAGUGCAUCUGCCUAACUGCCUCGAAAAUGAAGUCAUUUGUUUCUGUUUCCAGUACUGCAGGGCACAAGAAAAGAAGUUAAAUAUAAGUUAUCUGCGUUUAACUAAAAUCACAAUGUACAUAUAGUCCGCGACAGUAUGACCAGUGGUAGGGAGUUAUCAUUCAAUCACCAAAAAAUGUUCCCUGCGGCAACGGGAAGAGAGGAGACGUGUUAAGCAAUAUGAGUAAUCUCAAUGAGAAUGGGGACAACACAAAUCUUUCCUACUCACAGUUCAGAACAACUGAAACUCUUCUCUUUCCUAGAAGUGUGAAUAUUAAGGCUAAGAAUUUACAUAUACGAGUAGGAGAAACGUGUAGAAUUUCUCAUCAGUUCUUUCGGGUGAAACUUUGAAACUGUUCAUUCUAUUGAAAUGAGGAUUUGCAAUGAAACAAAGAGAAGCUGUAUGAAAAUUGCAAAUAAAGGAGACAAUUUGAUCAGAACAAAUGAAAUAAGAUGAAAUGAAAAUAAAUUAUUAUCACCGUAA